GGAAAAGAAGCUUCGCUCCAUGUCAGCCGCAGAUUUUAGGGGGGACGAUGGCAGUGGGCAGUGGACAGUGGGCGUGGUGUGUAUCGGAUAGCAAACGGCCGGGCCGGGUAAUGGAUGUCGCGGUGUGGUCGAGCUCCCCAUCGCGAACGCUGGCAAGGGCCCCUGUCCGGCAAAGGGCCCCGGGAUCCGACCAAUGAGGUGGCAGCAGAACGGUUUUCGGCCAGCCAGGAUGGUUGCAUCAUUGGUCGUGGUCCGCUUGUCAAUUCGCAGCUCCAUGUUUCGACGCCUACCAAGAGCCCGGGCAGCGUGCCAAGUUUGAACCAAGCUGCUGGAGUUAGCCUGCCGGGUCGAGUCGAGUCUGACUGGGCGGUGGUGGGUGGGUGGUGGUGGGCUGGGCUGGCUCGCAUCGUCAGUGGCCGCCCUACCGUCCCAGCGGCAUGGGAACCCCUCCAUGUUCUUUGUCAGGUGGAGCCGGCCACACCCCAGGGAGUAAGCAGAAAGGCAUGGGAGACGGCAUCGCCACACCGUGACCGUUACGGCCUGCAGGUUCCGCGAUGGGCUUGUCGAUGGGUGGGAGGACAACUCUUGUUGUGGAGGGGUGGGAGCAGCAAGAUGAUCAGAUCCAUCGGGCUGCAAUCACCGGCGAGCGCUCCCCCCGCCACCACCACACACCACCUCAUCGCGAAUAGGUUGGCAGCUCCUUUCGAAAAUGGGCACAGGUACACAGUGCGGCGCAUCGGGUCGAGUCCUGACGGCGAGCACUGGAAGCAAAGCAAAAGCGCAGCACAGCGCAGCAAUGGAAGUGAAGCACAGAAACGCGCUAACCGACAGCGCCGCGCUGCUCAACCGCCGACACAAGCCACGCACCUCCGAGCCGACACGGGAUUGGGGGCCGGCUGGAGGCAGAAGGGGGAGGCUGUGGUGGCCAUCUCGGGAUUGCGGUCUCUGCGCGGCGUGGGAACAGCAAGACGGAGCUAA